GUGGAAAAUGAAGAAAAGAGGAGGAGCAAAAUGCAAGUGCAGUGCCAUUCUUACAGGAGUAAAACCCUUCUUCUAGCGUAAAACCCUUCUUCUUCUCAUUCUUGCUGAAUACGAUGGGAGGAAAAGGAGCUUUGAUGAGGUCACUGCUUAAUUCAUUUUCUCCUUCCAUUAUCCGCCGUCGCAGUUUAAUUCGUCAAUUCUCCUCUUCCGAUGCCAUUCAAUCUCAAUCUCAGUCAUCAUCAUCACCGUCGCCUACUUCGCCCUUCGAAUCCAGACUGCGUACCAUUCUUCGCAAUGAGAUUCAAUACCAGUACGAUUAUGCUCCUCCUCAUCAGCCUGUUACAGAGUUCGAGAAAUUUUCGGUGGAAGAUCAGCCUGGUCAGCAGUGGAUUACACUGAGGGCCAAAUCAGCUGAGGAUGAGAAUAUUAAGAUCGAAGCAACCAUGUUCGAUGGUUCCAUCCUUGAACCAAAAUCUGACGAUGAGGACACUGAGGAAGUCGUGCGGCUUCACAUUAGCAUGCUAGUUGAUAUAUGGAAAGGAAAAGAAACUGAUUCCAUGGAAUUUGUCUGCUCAGCAUGGCCCGAUUCUCUGGAGAUUCAGAAGGUUUACAUGUUCAAGCGAGAUAACUUUCCAGCUCAACCUUACAUGGGUCCUGAUAUGAAGAAUUUGAGCAAAAAGCUACAAACUGGAUUCUACGAGUUCCUGAAUGAUAGAGGGAUAAACAGUGACCUUUCAAGAUUCCUGCAUCAAUAUAUGAUGAACAAAGACAGAAUUGAGCUUUUACAUUGGUUGGGGAAAGUCCAAUCAUAUAUCGAAAAAUAGGAAGAUGUACGAUGACGAAGCUGUAUAAUCUUCAGAUGUGAACGAGUUUUUAAUAGAGUAACAAAUCUUAUCAAGAGUCUUGAAGAUCUAGAGCUUGCCAAGAAGGUGAGUACAAACUAUAUUCCCAGCUCCAAAUCAUCCCAAAACCGCUCCAAGUUGAUGUGGAAUUCUACUUGGUCCACCAGUAAAUUAAAAUUAGAAAGGUGCACACAGAUGCAACUAAGAAGAGUAUGAUUAUCUCCAUGGACUUUUUCCUUCUUUAUUGCUGAGAGAAUGUAAUUCACCUGCUCCUUUUCAAUGGGGAGCUUACUCUUAAUCCAAAUGAUAUCUGAUUCGUA